ACAUUUUCAGAUUUACGAAAGACAGCCACGGUGUUCGGGUGCACUCUUGUCAUUUGGAGACCGAGAAGAGUUUGCGUUUCGUCUUGGCGGCCACAAAUUUUGGGACGGUCGGCAGCAAUUGAAAAUCUUAUCUCGACGAGUUCCGUAGUUUCUGCCGCGUUACUGUGAAUUAGUGCGUCCUGUUCCCAUCGAUUUUACACAUCCGCCGAAAUGUCUGCCAGUGCAAGGUUGUUCUCCAAGAUACGUGGCUUCAGUGGUGGUGUCCGCUUCGUCAGCUAUGAAUCAACACGUAAAAAUCUCGCACUGAACAGCAACUCGAAAGUGAUCUGUCAAGGAUUCACCGGUAAGCAGGGUACUUUCCACUCCCAACAGGCACUGGAAUAUGGCACAAAACUGGUCGGUGGUGUUUCGCCCGGUAAGGGAGGCCGUACGCAUUUGAACUUGCCAGUUUUCAACACGGUGAAAGAGGCUAAAGCUGCCACCGGUGCGGAAGCGACCGUCAUCUAUGUGCCCCCGCCAGGGGCUGCAAAGGCCAUCCUCGAAGCAAUCGAAGCCGAAAUGCCACUGAUUGUGUGCAUCACCGAGGGAGUGCCCCAGCAUGACAUGGUGAAGGUUAAGCAUGCGUUGUUGGCUCAAAGCAAGUCCCGUCUGGUAGGACCCAACUGCCCCGGCAUCAUCGCUCCAGAGCAAUGCAAAAUUGGCAUUAUGCCCGGCCAUAUUCAUAAGCGGGGAAUGAUCGGUGUAGUGUCCCGCUCUGGUACGUUGACUUACGAAGCGGUCCACCAGACGACCGAGGUUGGACUCGGCCAGACUCUGUGCGUCGGCAUCGGAGGUGAUCCCUUCAACGGUACCGAUUUUAUCGACUGCUUAGACGUAUUCCUGAAGGAUCCGGACACCAAAGGAAUCAUUCUGAUCGGUGAGAUCGGUGGAGUUGCCGAGGAGAAAGCUGCCGAUUAUUUAAUGCAAUAUAAUCAGGGCAUCAAAGCCAAGCCAGUAGUCUCGUUCAUUGCUGGCUUAUCCGCUCCACCCGGCCGUCGCAUGGGACAUGCAGGUGCUAUCAUUUCAGGUGGAAAGGGUGGUGCACAAGAUAAAAUAAAUGCAUUAGAAAAGGCCGGUGUUAUCGUAACCAGAAGCCCAGCUCAGAUGGGCAAAGAGCUGUUCAAAGAAAUGAAGAGAUUAGAACUUGUUUAAACGCGAAAUAGAAUAAUCCCCUGGAAAAGAAAAGCGAUUAGAAAGUAUCCACUAAUGUAACUUCCUCGAUUUUAUAAUCUGGUGCGCAAUUCUCUCCGUUGCUGAUGUGCUACGUGUCGUUCUAUUGAUCGUAAGGCAUAAAUACAUGUGCGUUGGACCGUAAA